CCGCACACGCGCGCGCGCGACGCUCGAAACCGCGCCCGAACGCCGAGAACACAUCGCGCGCGAUGCGCACCGCGCGCGCGACGUCGAAACCGAGCGCGCGCGCGGCGCGAUCGACGACGAAGUCGACUCGAACGGCGACCGGGCGGACGCGCCCCGCGCGGUGUCCCGACGCCGGCGACGCGCGUCGAGGCGCUCGAACGAUCCCGCGCGCGGGAAGCACGUUUGGACGGAUAUUCCGCGUCACCACGUUCGGGGAAUCGCACGGUGGCGGCGUUGGGUGCGUCGUGGAUGGGGUGCCGCCGCGACUGCGCGUCACGCGCGAGGAGCUGCAGUUCGAGCUCGACCGGCGACGCCCGGGACAGAGCCGAAUCACGACCCCGCGAAACGAAGAGGACUCGUGCGAGAUACUGAGCGGGGUCGGGCUCGAUGGCGUCACGCUGGGCACGCCCGUGGCGGUGCUGGUGAGGAAUAAAGACCAGCGAAGCCAAGACUACGGAGAAAUCGCGGUGGCGUAUCGACCGUCGCACGCGGAUGCGACGUAUGAUAUGAAAUACGGCGUCCGAGCGAUCGCCGGUGGUGGACGAAGCAGUGCUAGAGAAACUAUCGGACGCGUCGCGGCCGGUGCGAUCGCGAAGAAGGUGCUCAAGGAGGUGGCGGGGACGGAAAUUUUGGCGUACGUGAGCGCGGUGCGCGACGUGAAAACCACCGCGGUGAACCACGAGACUAUGACGAUGGAUGACGUUGAGUCAAACAUCGUGCGGUGCCCGGACGAGAGUUGCGCGCAAAAGAUGAUCGAUGCGAUCGAUGAGGUUCGGGUGAAGGGGGACUCGUGCGGGGGCGUGGUGACGUGCGUCGUGCGCAACCCACCGCGAGGCUUGGGUGCGCCCGCGUUCGACAAGCUCGAAGCCGAUUUGGCUAAGGCGAUGUUGAGCUUACCGGCGACGAAAGGUUUCGAAAUCGGUAGCGGUUUCGACGGCACGUUGCAAAAGGGUAGCGAGCACAACGACGAGUUUUUCAUGGAUAGCGAAAAGGGUUUGCGUACGCGCACGAACCGCUCCGGCGGUAUCCAGGGUGGCAUCUCCAACGGGGAGAUGAUCGAGAUGAAGAUUGCGUUCAAACCGACGUCGACGAUCACACAGGCGCAAAAUACGGUGAACCGCGAUGGGGUGGAGACGGAGCUCAAGGCUCGCGGUCGACACGACCCGUGCGUGGUCCCGCGCGCGGUGCCGAUGGUGGAAGCCAUGGUCGCGCUCACGCUCGUGGAUCACUUGAUGCUUCAGCACGCACAAUGCAACUUGAUCGACGCUGGAGAUUUGACUGAGCUCGUUCAAGGAAACCUGCCCACUCUUUACGACCCCGAAGCCAUCGCCGCUGCGGCCGCGGCGUCCAAGGCGCAAAUGACCACGAAGGACAUGUCUGACGCGUUCAGCGAAGAUUAA